AUGAGGGCCCUGCUGCAGGCCGGAGCGGACAAGGAUCUCCCGGAUUCUGCCGGAGCGACGCCCUUGUUGGCCUUCGCGCGCGACGGCUCCGUCGAGGUGUUCCGGCUUUUGCUUGAGUCUGGCGCUGACAAAGAUGGAGAAGCUGCGGACAAGGAAACACCGCUCUUGGCAGCUGCACGGGCCGGGCAUAAGGAUGCGGUGCAUGUAGUGCGUCUGCUGCUGGAAGCCAAAGCAGCGCAGAAAGCGGAUCGAAACGGUGAAACUCCUCUGCAUGCAGCCUCGCAAAACGGUUUAGCCGAGAUUGCAGAACUCCUGAUAUCCCGAAGGGCCGACGUCGAUAGAUUGGAUCGCAAGCGCCGUAGUCCCCUGCUGGUUGCCUCGCGCGUGGGCUGCACGAAAAUUGCACGGCUGCUGCUAGCAGCGAUGGCUGAUCCUGACGUAGCCUCGGUUGUAAAGGACACGCCUCUCUUUGUGGCUGCGCUUCAUGGGCAUUUAGAAGCGGUUAGAUGUCUCCUUAAGGCAAAAGCUCAGACGAACGUUCAAAAUUGCGACGGUACCACCCCUCUCAGUGCGGCUUCUGAACAUGGCCAUGUGCAUAUCGUGCAGGAACUUGUGUGUCAUGGGGGCGAUUUAGAUCGGGGAGACUUGGUUGGAGCCAGCCCAUUGCUGCUUGCUGCAGCUUCUGGCCACCUUGAAGUUGUCCUCGCUUUAAUUGAGGCUCGUGCUUGUGUGGAUUUGGCUGAUCGCCACCAAGAAGCGCCUUUGCUGGUGGCCUCCAGAGCAGGCUUCUACGGAAUCGUUCGAGCUCUGAUAAACGUUAAUGCACGGCACCUGCCAGAUGCGACUGGUGCGACACCGCUGCGGACCGCUUGCGCGAAUGGUCAUGCUCGGAUCGUGAAGGCAUUGCUGCAGUCCAGGGCCCAUGCAGAGACUGCGGAUGUGAACGGAACGACCCCACUCCUUGCUGCUUGCCGCCAGGGACAAACGGCCAUACUGGAAGCAUUGCUCGCUGCUCGAGUCGACGUAAACAGAAGCGAUGAGAGUGGAUCCACACCUUUGCUUGUAGCGACGGGCCUUGGCCACCUGGCGAUCGUGAGGUGCCUUGUCGAAGCUCGAGCUGACAUGGAAAAGGAGAGUCUGUCGCAUGAGACAGCGGUAGGCCUGGCAGCCCAGGGAGAGCGAGACGUCCAAGCUCUGCUAGCAGGGGCAGAUGGAAGACUUGCGAAGGCACCAGGGCUGCUCGUCGGAUAA